CUUUUGUUUGAAAUAUCGGAUUAACAAAGAUAUUGACACAAAAAAGUUACGAAAAGUAACUAAAAUAAAAUUAAUUAAAAUUAAUUUAAAAAAAUAAAGAGAAAUAAGACGUUUAUAACAAUUUAAUUAAGAUCUUAAAAUACUAAAUACAUAUUUAUAUUGCAAAAUUUUAUGAACAUAAAGAAAAAUGUGAUGGCAAAAUCAGAAUAUUAAAUUGUUCGAAGUGCAAGUUACAGGAAAUUUAAAAAACAAACUCAGAAAUAAUAAAUGAGUCUGCUUAUAACAUUUAUGUUUUUAUGUGGCAAAUCAGUUUCUAUAUGUCUUUCUCGUUAUUUAUAGAAUAACAUUGACACGGUUAGGAUAAUAAUAGUAAAACAUAACGGUUGUUUGAAAUAAACAAAUAGAAACUUCGGAAGGAUGAAAGGACGAACGAUGAGAUGUUAUUGACGUCUGUUCUCGGCAACGCGAUCAGUUCUCGACCGAAGCCAAUUCAAGCUUGACAUUAUUAUAUUACAUCACUAUCAAUAAUUAGGUGCAAGUGCGUGUGAAGUGAUUUCAUCGGACAAAGAACUUUAUAUUUUAUACAUAUAUAUAUAACAAUGUUUUCUCCUGAGGAAAGAAGUGCGUGCAGACAACCACUAGAAGCAGAGGAAGGAGAAGCACUUGACACAAUAGGAGAUGACACCUUAUAUUACACACUGGCUUCCCCAUUGUAUAGAAACGCUCGAUCAGACCAUUGGCUGAUAUAUGAUAAAGGCAUCAAAAAUGCCCGAAGAAGAAACUUCUGGAUUGACUAUUUCAAUAACGAAACAAUGAAUUCAGCGACGAUGGAAAUGAGACCGUGGUGUACAAGAACAUCGUUUAAAAACAUUACGAUACUCCGUAAGAGGAAUUUUAAAAUCUAUCUGAAGAGCUCGUUUUUCACCGAUGAUCUAAAUCUGGAAAGUAUCAAAACCCGUGGCGUGCUUUAUUCAUUGCAAGAACUAACGGACCGACAGAAAGAAAAUGGUGUGAUAGCGAUUUCAACAGGUAACUUCGCUUACCCGCUGUGCUAUUUUGGAAAGGAGUUUAACAUACCGGUGACAAUCGUAAUGCCACAAGAUGUGGAGGAAGAGAAAAAGCAAAUGUGUAAAAACCUCGGAGCAAAAGUGGAGUCCAAUGGUAUAAACAAUAUGAUAGAAGCACAUAAUACCGCUUUGCGUAUCGCUCGAGAGGGACGCAUGUUUUAUCUUGACGGGAACGAUCAUCCCUACAUGAUCACAGGUCAAGCCACUUUGGCUGUAGAAAUUUAUGAAGAAAUAACGUCUAGAAAAAAGAUCGAUGGAAAAAGAAUUAGGAUUGACGUAGUGAUAUUGCCUACGACGAUCGAUGGUUGUGGAUUAACAGCGUGUCUUGCGAUGUUUCUUAAAAAUUGGAGUGAAAAAUUAAUAAUUAUCGAGGCCCGUACUGAAAAACAGUGUCCUUUGAUUCAAGAUGUUAGAUCACAACACAAAUUUCCGCAGACUAACAUACAUGGACCGGAAUGUUUUAUCGGGCAAAUGGAUACAUCCGACAAAGGAUUGCCACAUUGUUGGAUCGAUCACUGUAUGACAGUAUCUGACGCAAAUGUUCAAAGGGCGGUUAGUCUUCUACGAGAAAGAGAAAACAUUGUCGACUCUCAUGCAGCAAUUGGUUUAGCUGCACUUCUAGAUGUCCAACUUAUGAAUUUGCUACGUAAAAAACUCGCUCAUUUGAAAAUAAAAAGGGUGCUGAUACCUAUGUUCGGCAGAAUGGACUCACCUAUGGAUCUUACGAAUAGACCUGGACCCGCAAGAGAGCAUAAUUAGAAAUCAUUAUAUUUCUAAAUUGAUAUUAUUGAGAAAAACAUAUUGUAACAAAACGCGUGUAUGUAUCGUAUGUAUCGUAAGCUUUCAAAUAAUUUGCAAACCGAAGAAUACAGUACAAAUCGCACUUCUCAGACAGAACUAGAUCAAAAUUAUGAAUAAGAUAGUUUAAUAAAAUGAUAAGUUUGUAUGACAUUAAAUUUUCCACUAAGUACUUCAUGCAAAAUUUAUUAACCAUUUUAAAGUGAUUACUGUAUUCUUUGAACAUUGUGUGUGGUAUAAACAUUUAAUUUUGUCGAUAAUAUUAGAGAUAUACAUAUGUAGCAUAUAUUCAGAUAUACACACGGGGUGUUAUUAAUACUUAUCCAGCUGAAGUUAAUGACAUUCUCAUUUUGAUACAGGAUAUGCUAUGGACUCUAUAGAAAAUCCAGAGCGCAAUUAACUUCAACUGGGUAGGCAUUAACGAUGUCAUGUGUACAAAAUGUGCGUAUUAUAUAAGUUAAUUUUCUAAUUCCGAUACACAUGAUUAUAGAUAUUACUUUUAAUAUAUUGAGGGAUAUUAAUAUUACUAAAUCAAUCAGAUUUACAGAUUUACAUGCACUUUUCAUAAUGUAGAUAAGAUGACAUGCGAAAAUUAUGAAGUAUGACUAUUGAGUUGUCCAUUUUAUGUACCUUGUUUUAUGUCAAUCCUUUCUUAUAUUAAUCAUAUGUAAAAGGAUGAUAAACAAGUAUUCGUUCAUACAUCAUAAAUAUUUCACAAAAUUCGAUUGAGUCGGUAAUAUCAAUAUUCUAUUGCAUAUUACUCAAAAAUAUGUGUAUCGAGAAAAAUGUCCAAGAGUAUUUAACGAUCAAAAAAGUAUUCUGUCAAAAAGUAACAAACAUUUGAUCCAACAAAAAUUUGAUUACAAUUCAUUGGGAAUGAAAUCAUCAAAAUAUUCAGAAAUGAUAGGAUUAUUCCUUCAAUAAAUGACGGAUAUAUUUUUUCCAUUUAUUUCUAAUGAUUUUUCUCAAAAUGAUCUAUGAUCAGAUUGUUGUAAAUGAUUUUAAAUACUCUUUUUUUUACUUUUUGACAGAAGAAUUGGAUUGGACAGUUUUCGUUGUGUAUAUUAUAACGAAAGAAAUAUAACAAAAAAUAUACAUAGUGAGAGACACAAUUGCGUCUCUUGAUGUGUGUGCAUACCAUAUCAAUACAUAUUUAUUUCGCUUAUAUGGUAUGUAUAAGUAUAAAUAAUUAUACAAAGAUAUAAAAUGUAUGCAUAUACGUAAUUCUAUAAUUUAUAUACGUAUAAAUAAAAACAAGGUAUACACGUAUAAUGAGAAAAAGACACUGUGCUAUAUGACAAUUUUUGUUUUGAUCGUUAAUUAGAACUCGAAAAUUGAUAUUUAUUUUAUAACUGAUGUACACGUAUCUUAUAUAAUUUUUAAUUAUUGCUUCGAAUUCUAUAGACAGUUCAGUCGAUAAGUGACAAAAAUUUCUUUCAUUAAAUUUAUUCAUAACCAGUUCUUAUUAUUCGAAAUAUUUGAAUACCGUAAAUCACGUUUGUGCUUUUUCAUUUCAUUUUUAUUAAUGUUAAGCGAUUGAAAUCAACGGGAGAAACAGGGAAACAAAUCAUAACAGAUACUUAUCCCUUAUUUGUUUUUUAUCGAAAAUAUACAUCACGGAAUACUGUCCAGUUCCAUCAGCUACCGACUUUUACAAGAUAACUUUAUCAUUUAAAAAAAAUUUUUAAAUAAUUACUUUUUUAAAUUUAAAAUAUUAACAAUGAUUUGUGCAAAUACACAAUUGAUAAUGCUAUGUAUGUAUACUUUCUAGCAAAUGGUAUAUGUUAAUAAGAAUUAAAGGAAAU